AUGGGCGGAAACACCAGUAAAGUCACAGCCCAGGACAAGGCGAUCCUCGACCUCAAGAUCCAGCGCGACAAGCUCCAGCAGUACCAGCGACGCAUCACCGUGCUCACCGACAAGGAGACGGACAUUGCGCGGCAGAUGCUCGCCAAGGGCGACAAGCCGCGGGCGCUGCUCGCCCUGCGGCGCAAGAAGUACCAGCAGUCGCUGCUGUCCCGCACGGACGCGCAGCUCGCGCAGCUCGAGCAGCUGACGGCGAGCGUCGAGUUUGCGCGCAUCCAAAAGGACGUCGUGUUCGGCCUGCAGCAGGGCACGCGCGUGCUGCGCGAGAUCCACGCGGAGAUGGGGGGGCUGGAGCACGUGGAGAAGCUGAUGGGCGAGACCGCGGACGAGGUCGCGUACCAGAACGAGGUUAGCGAGAUGCUGGGCGGGCGCAUCUCGCGGCAGGACGAGGACGAGGUGGAGGACGAGCUGGCGGCGAUGGAGGCGGGGAUUAAGGGGGAGGGCAAGGAAGGGGAGGAGAGGCUGCCGGAGGUGCCGACGGAGAGGCUGCCGGAGAGGGAGCAGCGUGUGUCAGAGGAGGAGCCGGUGCGGGAAACGAGGCAGGCUAUGCUAGCAGAGUAG